CAACCCAGAGUGACCUCACAGCACAGCCCAGCCCACCCCACCCCCGCUGCUGCUCUCCUAGACCGGAGCCCUCCCUUUGGUCAACGCACCCCAACGCCAGGACCUCCAGACCCAGCCUUUAGGGACCUACUGUGGGUGGUGGCCACUCCUGAGUGACAGAAAGAGCCCGCGAUGCGGAAUUCGGAGAGCCCAGUGGGGAUGGUGGACAGAGCCGGCCCGGCAGGGCAGAAGCGCCGAGGCUUCCUGGAGAGGGGGCUGCUGCUUCUGCUCCUGCUGGUGACCGGUGCUCUGGUGACCCUGGGCGUCCUCUACAGCCGAGGGAAGCAGCUGCCCCCCUUUACUAGCCGGCGGCGCUCCUUACAGGAAGAGAGGACCACUGUAAAACGAGAACCCCGAGCCCUCUCGGAGUCUGAGCAGGUAGAGGAGGUCUGCACCAGCCCUGGUUGCGUGGUGGCGGCUGCCAGGAUCCUGCAGAACAUGGACCCCUCCACGGAGCCAUGCAAUGACUUCUACCAGUACGCGUGCGGAGGCUGGCUGCGGCGCCAUGUGAUCCCCGAGACCAGCUCCCGCUACAGCAUCUUCGACAUCCUCCGGGAUGAGCUGGAGGUCAUCCUCAAAGGUAUGCUGGAGAACUCCACUGCCCAGUCCCGGCCAGCCGUGGAGAAGGCCAAGCUGCUGUACCGCUCCUGCAUGAAAGAAAGCCUGAUAGAGAAGCGAGACUCUCGGCCUCUGCUGGACAUCUUGGCGGUGGUGGGGGGCUGGCCAGUGGCCAUGGACAAGUGGAACGAGACCAUAGGGGAGGCUGGGCCAAGACUCCAGGCCCCCCAGCAUGGAUGCUGCUCCCCAGGCCCCACGUGGGAGCUGGAGCGGCAGCUGGCAGUGAUGAACACGCAGUUCAACCGGCGGGUCCUCAUCGACCUCUUCGUGUGGAAUGACGACAUGAACUCCAGCCAACACAUCAUCUACGUAGACCAGCCCACACUGGGCAUGCCGUCCCGGGAGUACUACAUCAAGAAGGACAGCAACCAGAAGGUGCCAGGUGGUGCCACUGCCGAGAUGGGGCGUGAAGAAGGGAGGCCCAGGCGGGAGGCAGCUUGGGAACCAACUCCCAGCCCAGGAAGGACAGCCCAGGGCAGCGCUGUCCCCACCACAGAGCCUUGGGCUGCUCAGUCGGCCAGGAGCUGGGCUUGGGCCUGGAGCUCGGCCUGGGCUCCCUGGCAUGGCCCUGGCGUACUGAACCUCGGGCCUGGGGCAGGCCAGGCACCGGAGCACGCAGCUCGUCAGGUGCGGGACGCCUACCUGCAGUUCAUGAUGUCGGUGGCCACCAUGCUGCGGAGGGACAGCAAACUGCCCAGGGACAGCCGGCUGGUGCAGGAGGACAUGGUGCAGGUGCUGGAACUGGAGACUCACCUGGCCAAUGCCACCGUACCCCCAGAGGAGAGGCACGACGUCACCACAUUGUACCACAGGAUGAACCUGCAGCAGCUCCAGGACAGGUUUGGCCUGAAGGGUUUUAACUGGACUCUCUUCAUACAAACUGUGCUGUCCUCUGUCAAAAUCAAGCUGCUGCCUGAUGAGGAAGUGGUGGUCUACGGCAUCCCCUACCUGCAGAACCUUGAGGACAUCAUCAACCUCUACUCGGCCAGGACCAUGCAGAACUAUCUGAUCUGGCGCCUGGUGCUGGAUCGCAUCAGCAGCCUGAGCCAGCGGUUCAAGGACACGCGAGUCAACUACCGCAAGGCGCUGUAUGGCACCACGGUGGAGGAGGUGCGCUGGCGGGAGUGCAUCAGCUAUGUCAACAGCAACAUGGAGAGCGCUGUGGGCUCCCUGUACGUCAAGGAGGCCUUCUCCGGGGACAACAAGAACGUGGUCCAAGAGCUCAUCAACAAGGUUCAGGCUGUGUUCGUGGAGACCCUGGAUGAGCUGGGCUGGAUGGAUGAGGAGUCCAAGAAGAAGGCCCAGGAGAAGGCCAUGAGCAUCAGGGAACAGAUCGGCUACCCCACCUACAUCCUGGAAGAGGACAACAAGCGGCUGGACCAGGAGUAUUCCAGCCUGAACUUCUCGGAGGACCUGUACUUUGAGAAUGCACUGCAGAACCUCAAGGCCAGCGCCCACAGGAGCCUCAGGAAGCUUCGGGAAAAAGUGGACCAGAAUCUCUGGAUCAUUGGGGCUGCCGUGGUCAAUGCGUUCUACUCCCCAAACCGGAAUCAGAUUGUGUUCCCCGCAGGGAUCCUCCAGCCGCCAUUCUUCAGCAAGGAGCAGCCGCAGGCACUGAACUUUGGGGGCAUCGGGAUGGUGAUCGGGCACGAGAUCACACAUGGCUUCGAUGACAAUGGCAGGAACUUUGACAAGGACGGCAACAUGCUAGACUGGUGGAGCAACUUCUCAGCCCAGCACUUCCGAGAGCAGUCAGAGUGCAUGAUCCACCAGUACAACAACUACAGCUGGGACCUGGCUGAGAACCAGAGCGUGAAUGGAUUCAGCACCCUUGGGGAAAACAUCGCAGACAAUGGAGGGGUGCGCCAGGCAUACAAGGCCUAUGUGAAGUGGAUCGCAGAAGGUGGCAAGGACCAGCUGCUGCCCGGGCUGGAGCUCACCUACGAACAGCUUUUCUUUGUCAACUAUGCCCAGGUGUGGUGCGGGUCCUACAGGCCUGAGUUUGCCGUGCAGUCCAUCAAGACUGACGUCCAUAGCCCCCUGAAGUACAGGGUAUUGGGCUCCCUGCAGAACCUGCCUGCCUUUGCUGAUGCAUUCCACUGUGCCCAAGGCAGCCCCAUGCACCCCACGCAGCGAUGCCGCAUCUGGUAGCCGAGGCUGAGCUGCACUCCGUGGGCCAUGCCACCCUGGCCUGGAGAGGAGGUGUUUUGCCAAGAAGGUGCAGCGAGUGGGGCCAGCAGGGACUGGCAAGGACCGACAGGGAUGUGCAUCAGUGCCCUGCAGCCACUGUGCCCUCCAGCCAUCCUCCACGCUGGCGGGCACCCACGGGGGAGCUGUGUCCAGGCUGUGCCCUCCAUGCCACCCAUAAGGGUCAGUGCCCAUCACAGCCCGUAGACAGUCAGCUGUCUUCUGCCCCUCACCAAAGUGUGUUGUCCUCAGCGUCCACAAGUCUCAGACUAGGGCCAAAUAAACGCUUCAAAGGCCA